UGUUGAAGGUUUUAAAUGUGCGAGUUGUCAUUGCAUUGAUACAAGGCUUGUCGUCAAGUCAAGGCGGCACUUCAUGAUGUAUCUGUUCUUGAAUCUUCUUACGAGUUUGGUGGUCCUUACCGGGGCUAACAGGACCAGGCCCCUGUACAUCGCAGGACUCUUCCCUCUCUCGGAGGAGGACGGCUGGAGUCGGUUCUUCGGCUUUGCCAGCCUGAAGGCCUCAGAGAGGGCCAUCGUGGAUAUCAACAAUUCAUCUGAUGUUCUACCCAACUACGAAGUUGUCAUGAUCUAUAGUGACACAGAGGGAAACAAGGUGACUGCACUUAACAAGCUAUACGAUCAUAUCUACACUCCCCCUGUCAAAGUGGCGUUGAUGGGAUCGGUAUUAUCAUCAGUAACGGAGAGUGUCGGGGAGGUUGCCGGUCGAUGGAACCUCGUAGAGAUCUCUCCCGCUGGUUCCUCUCCUGUACUGAGUGACCGGGCCAGGUACCCGUACAUCUACCGCGUCCUGACGUCAGCGGCCGGGUUCUCUCACGCUGAAAUGGGCAUCAUUCGUCGCUUUGGUUGGACUAAGAUCGCCACGCUACAUGAGACAGUUGAACCUCAUGUUGGGACUACGGUUGAGAUGCAGAAAUUGGCUGAACAAAACAACGUGACAGUAAUUGCUGCAGAGAGCUUUCUGGCCAAUCCGUUUGACGCAAUCCAGCGCCUCAAGGACAAGGACGCUAGGAUAAUAGCGGCCAACUUUUAUGAGGGACGAGUCCGUAAGGUGUUUUGUAGCGCAUACCGACUGGGCCUUUAUGGUUCGCGAUACGUGUGGAUGAUACCCGGUUACUUCAAAAACGGUUGGUGGAAGGUUGCAGAGGAAGGUGUAAGUUGCACUCCUGAUGAACUCAAGAUAGCUAGCGAGGGUUAUCUGACCAUCAUGUGGAGUCAGUACGGUCGAGAAGAAGUCAAUACUAUCGCGGGCAUAACACCGGCGGAAUAUCGUAGACAAAUGGAGCCGGUGGUUGGUUACAGCAUCCCCGUGACAGGUCGUGGUCUGACAGCCAAUGCUUAUGAUGGGAUGUGGUCCUUGGCGUUAGGUUUACACGACGCUGAGAAGGAGCUCAACAGAUCACUGGAUACCUUUCAUUACGAGGAUAAGGAAUUCGCCGAUGUCGUCAGCCGCUGCGUACAGCGCCAGAAAUUCCCAGGUGUCUCGGGUCCUUUUGGAUAUUCUGAACUGGGUGACAGAGUUGGAACACUUCUGAUUGAACAGAAUAUAAAUGGAAGUGAGGAGGUCAUAGGCACUUACGACAAGGAUAACAACUCAGUUUCUUGGCUGAUCAGCACCAGAGAAAUUUGGUAUUAUGCAGGCGGUAAAGCGCCCUUCGAUUACGAUAUCACCCAGACAAUAACGCAACUUGAGUCUACACCGAUAGCAAUCCUGAUCACGGUCUGUGUCUUGUGUUGUCUCGGGACAAUCAUUGCCAUUUGUUUUAUAGUGUUCAACAUCUGGAAACGGCAAAACAGACAAGUGAAGAUGUCCAGCCCGAAGGUAAACAAUUUGAUAUCAAUUGGUAUUAUAUUGGCUUACCUGUGUGUGAUUCUGAUGGGAGUGGAUCGCUCCCUGGUCGACGAAGACACGCUCCGUAUUCUCUGCACGGUUCGGUCGUGGGGAUUGGCCCUGGCUUUUACCAUUGCAUUCGGGGGAAUGUUCACCAAAAUGUGGCGUGUGUAUAGCAUCGUCAUUCACAACAAAACAAAAAGAAAGGUUAUCAAGGACCAUCAUCUGUUCAUCAUUAUUGGAAUCCUGCUUCUGGUAGAUCUGGCUAUCCUGAUUCCAUGGCAGAUCAUUGAUCCUAUUGGAAUUGUAAAUGAAGAAGUUCUUGUGCCGCAGACGGAGGAGGAUUUUGCUUUGUACAGGAGGUACGUGGAGUUACAUGUCAAAUGCACGUCAGUCAACGACACCAUAUGGACCAUGGCGAUCAUCAUUUACAAAGCAUUUGUGGUCGUCUUUGGCGCAUUUUUGGCCUGGUCGACAAGGAAUGUGAAUGUUCCAGGUCUGAAUGACAGUUACUACGUGGGUUUGUCCAUCUACAACACAGUCAUAUGCUGCGUGGUUGCUGUACCCUUGUCCAUUCUCAAUGUGUCCUCUAUGGGAGUGACCUAUGCCCUGGUGGCCGGCUUUCUGCUACUCUGCACGACGAUGACUCUCUGCAUGCUCUUCAUUCCUAAGAUCAUAGCGGUUUUCCGUAAGAACGCCGUUGCGGAGCAGGUCAACUUUACCGGCAAUAGGGUGGGUUCAGUUAACCGUCCUGUCGGCACGGAUCACGGCACAGAUCAGCCCAGUCAGCAGGCGUUGUGCAGCCAUCCUACAGAUAGUCAGGGGAAUUCAAGCAUCCACAAAUAAAGUGGACCACGUCAAAUUGCAUCAACAUAAAUGAGACUAGGCAAGCUGGUAUCAGAAUACAUCAAUCUAUAUUAACUUGAUUUAGAGUGACCAUUUACAGGA